AUUAAAUUAAGUAGUCCCCAUUACCAUUUGUACACAAAAAACAAGUGGAGAGAGAAAGAGAGAUAUUUAGAGAAAGAAAGAAAGAGAUUAUUUUUCAUGUGAUCAUGGAAGGAGGCGAUGAUCAUCAUCUCCACCGCCCUACAAACUUCCCUUUCCGUUUACUAGAAAAAAAAGAAGAUCUAGAACCUUCUUGUUCAACCUCAUCUUCCUCCGGUUAUCCUUCCCUCGCCAUCUCCACCGCCCUACCUUCCUCCUCCUCCCCCUCCGCCGCCGCACCCGCCGCCGACACGUCCAAUAAGAAGCCGCCACCUAAGCGAACCUCCACCAAAGACCGCCACACAAAAGUCGACGGCCGUGGUCGCCGGAUCCGCAUGCCCGCCUUAUGCGCCGCUCGUGUCUUCCAACUGACACGCGAAUUAGGUCACAAAUCUGAUGGAGAAACCAUCGAGUGGUUACUACAACAAGCGGAGCCGGCGGUUAUAGCGGCUACAGGAACGGGAACUAUCCCUGCAAACUUCACUUCACUUAACAUAUCUCUUCGAAGCUCCGGUUCAUCCAUGUCGGUUCCAUCUCAUCUCCGAUCCUCGUAUUAUAACCCUAGUUUCUCGAAUUUAACGCAAACGCAAACGCAGCGGCGAGGGAUGGUUAAUUUCCCGGCUAUUGGUUUGUCAACUUCGGAGAAUAAUAACAAUAAUUCCCCGUCGGCUAUGCUUAAUUUUCAGAUGAGCCCAACUCCGACGAGUCUUGAUCAUAAUUCAUCGGAAAAAAGGGCGGAGAUUUCUCAGUUGGGGAGUUAUCUGAUGCAGACUAGCACGGGGGCGAUUCCGGCGAGUCACGGUUCGAUUCCGGCGAACUUUUGGAUGGUGGCGAAUUCUAACAAUCAAGGUCAUGUGAUGAGUGGAGAUCCAAUUUGGACUUUUCCUAGUGUUAAUAAUAGUGGUUUAUAUAGAGGCACAAUGUCUAGUGGUUUACAUCUUAUGAAUUUUCCGACACCGGUUGCUCUCUUGCCGACUCAGCAACUCGGUGGUGGUGGUGGUGGUGGUGAUGGGAAUAAUGGUGGUAUUCCGGAAGGUCAUUUGGGUAUGUUGGCCGGGUUAAACCCUUAUCGACCCAUCUUAUCAGAAUCGACCCACACAACCCGAUCUCAUAAUCCGCACCAUGGUAGUCCGGAGGACAAUCGACACGACUCCACCAAUCAUCAUAAUUGAUCGGUCGAGAUCAAGACCACAAGGUUUGGAUUUCGUAAAUGAAUUCGGUUUUCGAUUUUCUUUGCAAGAACAAUUUUGUGUGAUUAAUGUGAGUCUUUUUUCUUUCUUUUCUUUAAGUUUUGUUUUUUUGGUAUUUAGGGUUUGGAGAGACUAUUAUUAUUUGACAUGGGUUAUUGACCUCACAAUAUUAUUAUCAUUAUUGUCUUGAAAAUGUGGUUUUUGUU